AUCAUUGGCGCAUUGCACACCCCAAUUGCCUCCACUGACGACGACUGCUGCUCCUAUUUCACAAACCACUCACUCACACACACCUGUGCGCACUUUUUCUACUCUCGCCGCUGUUAGGCGUUCGCAUUAGACAGCUUACCAUUAGCCCCACAUAUGUAAGUCCAGUCUUCUAGCCAGUGCCGUCAGUGUAGUACGGUUGUUUAUGACGCGGCGCAUAUUGUGACUAGAAAGUGUUACAAAAAAAAAUAAUAAUAACAAAAGUAAAAAAAUAAGCAAUAAAUGCAGCAGAGCGCAACCGCAUUGCUUAGCACGCGAACGCGCGCGGCUUUAAAGUCGCCACACUUGCCAAUUGUGGAUUCUCAUCUUUCUCGGGUUUUGCAAUUUCCUCUGACACUUGCGUUCUUGACUUUUUUAUUUUGCUUCCACCAUUCAUUUUAUCACCAAACGAAAGGAAAAAAAAACAAUAAAAUUUAAUGUACGAAUUCGCGGCUUAGAGUGUGGAUUAGGGCGAAAAGCAAGCAUGUAGGUAAAUAGGAAAAACAAAAAAACACUCACGUUUGAAAGAGUAGAAUAUAAAUUUUUCGUUCGCUUUAUCAAAAGUCGACAAAGUACGAAAUUUAUAACGAAAGCGCACAUAAAAAAAUUCAUUUUGAACGUUGCAAAACUUGAGCUCACUCGAGCGACGUGUUGGAAAGUUCGUCUGACAUCUUGCGUCCGUUGUCUUCUCACAGCCGUAUCGCCGUCACCGUCGCCAGCCGCCAGCCGCCAGCCGCCAGCACAGCUGAGAUCGCAAAAUAAAGAUUGAGAUCAGUGCUGAGAAGGCAAGAUCAUCGCAAAAGUCAUCGAGCAGGUAAAUGGGAAACCUAAAAAGCUGAUAGGCAUAAAGCGAGCGCAUUGUUGCUUGCUGUCGCUGUGAGAAAGCUGUGGAAUUGACAAAAACGAAUGUGUAAUAGAUAAGUGAAAAAUAGUGAAGGUUGGGCGACAAUUAAAAAAUUUGAAAUAAAAACAAAACUAACCAGUGGAAAAAGUUGGAGUCGCGCAAGUAGUAGAUACUCGUCGAGUGCAACAGACAUCACAAAAACAUAAAGCAAACACUUUGCUUCUACGACAAUAAACAAGUAAUACGAGUAUAAUGGUUAAAAAUGUGAAAAAUAUCACAAAAAUAUAACAAAGACACAAUCUUAAAUAACAAGUAAGGUCACGCCAUAAGACGGCGGCAAGCGCUAAGCUAAACGUACUCAUAGAGCCGAAGCAAGUUUGCUUAUUUAGCAGAGCGAAACCGUGAGCGCACAUCAACAGCUGUUUCAACAAAAUCAAACAAGAUUUCUAUACGAAAAAAAUUCAAUUACUUAAAUGUUAAAGAUCUCUAUGCGCACAGCGUAAAAGUGAAGAUAGUAAUUCAACCAGCAUUUCUAAAAGCCAUAUACCACAUCUGCAAUAACAAAAACAACUGUACACCUCUCACAUGCCUUCGCCGACUUUGAAGCAGCAGCAACCGCCACCUCCGCCGCCACCACCACCAUUACUACCACAUCAACUCUCCUAUCAAAUUCACAUACAACAGCCGACACAACCACAACAACAAAAUAGCUUUUAUAGUACGAAAAAUAAGAAAUUGUCAACGAAGUUGAAGUCAUCUUCAUUGGAUAAUGAAAUCUUCCUGCAGAAUCGUAAAAAUAAUAGUCAAAAUACCAUGGAUUGGCUAUUGUCACCACAUGGUUGUGCCACAAUACCACGUGCCGGUUCUACUUCCUCUUUGGCGAGCACUGUAACAGCUAGCAAUUAUCAGGAAUACAAAGCGGAAAUCAUAAAUCAGGGAAAAUGCCUCUGCGGUCAGUACAUUCGCGCACGGCUUCGACGUGCUGGCGUACUAAAUCGCAAAGCGACACAGCGUUUGCGCACCAUAUUGGAACCCUCAUCGGCGGUGGUGUAUGAAGUGUUUCCGGCAUUGAAUAGUAUGGGCGAGGAAUUGGAACGCAUGCAUCCGCGUGUAUAUACAAAUGUAUCACGUCAACUGUCGCGUGCACCCUAUGGCGAGUUGGUCGAUGGUGACGCAGCGCCAAUGCUGCUCAAUUUGGUGGCCAAAGAUUUAUUUCGUUCGAAUAUUACUUGGGGCAAAAUUAUUUCCAUAUUUGCUGUUUGUGGUGGCUUUGCCAUCGACUGUGUACGUCAGGGACACUAUGAAUAUUUGCAACUUCUUGUCGAUGGCAUUGCUGAGAUAAUCGAAGAUGAUCUGGUGCCUUGGCUGGUCGAUCACGGCGGUUGGUUGGGUCUGCAACAACACAUCCGCCCACAUGUGCGACGCUUUUCUUUUUUGGGACUGUUGACACUUUUCGUAGCCGUAUCAUCCGGUGUUUAUGUUGUAACUAAUGUGGCGAAACAUAUUGGUUGUCAUUUGUACUCGUUGCUGUUUUGACAGGAAACGCGCGAUAGCCAAAGGCGAAUAGUUAAUGGAAGUGUGGGAAGUUGGAGAUAUGAGAAAUAGCGAAAAUGUGACAUGUAGGAGAGGAAAUAAUGUAGAGAGUUAUGUUUUAUUGCAAUAUUAAAUAUUAUCGUUUUCUUUACUUGACUAAAUACAUAUGUAAAUACAUAGUAUAACUUUAAAAAUAAUUCUGCUUUUCAUACAUUUAGUGAACUGGCAUUGGUAUCGUUAACAUUAGAAUAUGUAAUUUUAAACAUUUAUGCAAAUACCUAUCAAUUUUAUUCCUGCGCAACUAAGAGAUAAUCAUAUGUUUAAUCCAAAUAAGUUUCCUUUUAAUUUUAAAACUUACAUACAUACAUACAUGACAACUGACAAACACCUAUUUAAAGUUUGUAUAAACCUAAAUAUUUUGUUAAUUCAUUGUAUUUAAUACUUGCUUUAAUUAUUUAGAGAGACUAAGAAAUAAAAUUAAAAUUGAUCAGAAAAUUAAUUUAGUGUCAUCAGAGGUAACGAAAUUUUUUUUCUGAUACAAGCAUCAAUUUGAGUUGAUUAUCUUUAUUUUAUAGUAAUCCAGUAUUUAGUCAAAAGUACACAUUUUUAUUUUCAGUUAUAUCUGCCUGACUAAAUCUGACUUUUUCUGACUAAAUCCUGGAGUACUGGCACAGACAAGGGCCACUCAGAAUUCUUAAAUUCGAAAAUCUUGACUGUGCAGAAAAUUUGUACAAUAUUUUUCUUGCAUUUACUUUUCUUAAAACUUAAAUAUUUAAGUUUUCUGAAUAUUUCUUAAAACUUGAUUUCAUUGUAGCUUUCUAAAAUCUUAAGAUGGGAAUUUGGUUCUCUAAUUACAUCUUUAAUAA